GCCGGGGUCUGUGCGCCGCGGGCUGGGUCCGGGUCACAGGCGCUGGGUGGAGAGAGUGAGAAGACACAGUGAGGAUGUCCUCCUUAGAUGCUCUCCAAAGGCCUUCCUCCCGUUGGUUGGGACGACUCCCUGGAAAGGGGGUCCUGAGGCCGCUCCAGGACUCAGCCUCAGACUACUCCGAGGAACGCGAGCCCAGGAGCUCUAAGUGCCCUGCAGCUUGCAUGGAGGCAACAGGGACCUCCUUUUGCACUGUCUGCGGAGACCCCUGUUCCAGCCCCGAGGGGACCAGGGGACGCCGCGCUGUGGGGAAAGCCGGGGUGACAGGAGGGGGCGCUCCUGCAGGACUUGCUGGGGUGCGCUGCUGUGGCUGCUGAGAAAGGUUCGGAGGGCGCAGCCCGCCCCUUCCCCAGAGCUGCGAGGGAGCCCCGCGGGGAGGACGGGCAGGGUCUGGAGGGAAGAACAGGGGAGCCUGGGUCUCAGGGCUGCGGGGAGCAGAGGCCUCUGGGUGGUGAACGCCCCCAGCCUGCCCUCCCUGCUCACGGCAGGGUC